UUUCCAUUAAGGGCAGUGGGCGGCGCGCACACUCAGCCCCGUUUCUUAUAGCGCGUAUACGUGAGUGCGCGUCCACAGUCAUCCAACCAGCCAGCGGAGCCCGCACUCCUCAAACCAAACCCGAGCCGAACCAAGCCGUGACGAACCUCAGCGAUUCGAGCCCUGCCGCUCCACUCAGAGGCAGGAAAGGCGGAAUGAUGACCUCUUAGCGCAUCUUUACGCACCGUCCGUCCCCGCUUCAACCCACUUUCUGCCGCUUUGCGUUGAAUUCGCUCGCCGAGACCAUGGACACGGCAGUUCUACGGACCCAUAUUAUCAUCUGCCAGCUGAUCCUUUUCAGCCAAAUAGUUGUGGCAGCAGAUCCACUGGUCCAAGGUCUGAGAAAACUUCCUGAAGAUAUUGACUGGUCCUACUCAGGUGCCCUGAGCCAGAGUAGCUGGGCUAAGAAGUAUCCGUCCUGUAGCAGUGCCAGGCAGUCUCCUGUGGACAUCGAUGAGACAUUCACCCAGGUCAGGCUGCAGUACCAGAACGUACAGCUGGAGGGCUGGAACAAACUGACAGCAGAAUCCACCACCAUCCACAACAAUGGGAAGACUGUGACCAUCGAUGUGGACGGAGAGUUCUUUGUGAGUGGAGGAGGACUGAGCUCCAGGUUUCGUGUUAGUAGAAUCAUCUUCCACUGGGGCCGCUGCAAUGCAACAUCAGAUGGGUCUGAACACAGCCUGAAUGGGAUGAAAUACCCUCUGGAGAUGCAGAUCUAUUGUUACGAUUCAGAUGACUUCCAAAGUCUGGAUGAUGCUAUAAAGGAAGGAGGGAGGGUGGCUGCUGUGGCUGUGCUCUUUGAGAUUAGCCUCGAAGACAAUGAAAACUUCACUCCUGUUCUAGAGGCUAUCAACACUGUCAGCAGGUUUGGUAAGAGUGGAUCAGUGGAGGCUUUCACUUUGAGGUCCCUGCUGCCUAAUAACACAGAUAAAUACUACAUAUACAACGGUUCAUUGACUGCUCCUCCCUGCUCUGAAAUGGUGGAAUGGAUCGUCUUUAAACACACUGUGGACAUAUCAGAAACACAGUUGGAGGUGUUUUGUGAGGUGAUGACCAUGGAGCAGGCUGGAUACGUGAUGCUGACAGAUUACCUGCAGAACAACUUCCGAGAACAGCAGCAGCAGUUCAUGGGUCAGGUGUUUGCUUCCUACACCGGGGUCGAAGACGUGCUCACACCCACCUGCAGUUCUGAGCCAGAAAACAUUCAGGCUGAUGCCCAGAACGACACCACCAUCGUGGUGAUGUGGGAGCGUCCUCGUGUGGUUUAUGACACCACCAUCGACUGGUACACCGUCACCUACCAGAGGCUGCAGGGACGAGACCAGGUCAAGCAGGAGUACAGGACCGAUGGAGACCAGGACGUGGGUGCCAUCAUCUCCAGCCUGCUGGCCAACAGCAGCUACGUGGUUCAGGUGGUGGCUUUUUGCACAAAUGGACUCCGAGGACGGUGGAGCGACCAGGUUAUCGUGGACAUGCCGUUAGAAGACCCUGAGAGUGACUCCGACCCUGAUGCUGUCACGAAGGAUUCUGAAGGCAACAGGGAGGUUUCAUCUGUAUCCAGAUGGGAGAAGCCAGAGAACCAUAAUAAAGUAGAUUUAACUCCAGAGGACCACAGUCCAGUGGAAGAGAUACCAGUGGAGCAGACCAAAAUUUACCAGAACCAGCCUUCACACUACGAUGACCUGUACGUAGACCAGCCUGAAGUAAACCGGAACAUCCCAGUUCAGGUCGACUCACGUUCAUCUCCAAAGACUCCCUCUGACUCUGUAGUUCUACAGAAUGUGAGAAAGAAACCAGAUCCUAAGAAGUCUCAGACUGAUGAUGAUGUGGAUCUGAACUGGAUUGAUGGGGACCAGGUGAACCCAACACAACGGCCCUUCACUAAGGCAGGUUUUAACAGCAAUGGCGCAAUCUGGGUAACUGACGUAACUGAACAGCCAGGAUUCCUGUUUCCAGUUGUGCGGACAACCACUCUGCCAGCAAUCCGCCGGCAAAUCACAGAGGAGGCAUCACUGUCAGUGUCAUCACAUCAGUCAAGGGAUCACAGUCUACCGGACCAAGCCAGUGAAAAUGGCCUCCCUUCUCAGUCGGACCUCUACACCCCUCCUGUGGAGGACAUCCAAGUCACAGAUGUCUUCUAUGAAGACACAGUCAACAGCUCUCCACUGGAACCCAUCAGCUCCACUCCAACACCGUCUGGUUCUGUGCUGCCAGGUGAUAAAGAAGAUGAAGGCUCCCUGUUGUCCUCUGAAGACAGCGAUGCCCCUGUGAUCAAACCCCUACCGAAAACCAUCACCUCAGUGGCCUCCACCCCCUCCUCUCUCUGGAUCACUGAAAAGACAGCGACUGCCAGCAACACACUUGCCAAUUCAGUCUACAAAACCUUCACCACCUCCUCUCUGCUCAGAGUGCUGAUGCAUACGACUCAGCCCAUGUUCACUGAGGGCAGCAACAGCAGCCAUGAGUCUCGUGUUGGGCUCGUUGAAGGUGUGGAGAGGGAGAAGAGGACAGUCAUUCCUCUGGCUGUCGUCUCCACUCUCACCAUCCUUUGUCUGCUGGUACUGGUGGGCAUACUCAUCUACUGGAGAAACUGUUUCCAGGCAGCUAAUUUCUACCCAGAUGACAGCGCUUCACCUAAAGUGCUAUCUGCUCCGUCGACACCCCUGCUGUUGGCUACAGACGGUCACGAGCCGCUGACGGUGAAGCAGUUUGUGAAGCAUGUCAUGGAGCUCCACACCACUAACACUUUCUCCAAGGAGUUUGAGAUUGUCAAAGAAUCCUACGAGGAGGUGCAGGCGUGUACGGUGGACAUGGGCAUCACCGCCGACAGCUCCAGUCACCCCGACAACAAAAGCAAGAACCGUUACAUCAACAUACUGGCCUAUGACCACAGCAGAGUGAAGCUCUCCAGCAGUUUGGACAGAGAUGGGAAAUGCGGAGACUACAUCAAUGCUAACUUUGUAGAUGGUUAUGAGCGAACGAGGGCGUACAUCGCAGCUCAGGGGCCUCUCAGAGCCGGCAGGGAAGACUUCUGGAGGAUGAUCUGGCAGCAGAACAUUGGAGUUAUUGUCAUGAUCACCAAUCUGAAGGAGAAAGGACGGACAAAAUGCGACCAGUACUGGCCAGAGGAGAAUCAAGAAGAAUACGGUCCUUACCAGGUGACCCUGAAAAACACCAAGGCACUCGCUUACUAUACACUGCGGACGUUCACUAUCAGGGACACCACGAAUAAGGUGUCUCAAAGGAAAGUUGAGCACACAGUCCUCCACUAUCACUACACCCAGUGGCCAGACAUGGGCGUCCCAGAAUACACUCUGCCUGUUCUGUCCUUUAUCAGAGCGUCCUCUCGGGCUCGGACACAGGAGAUGGGACCUGUCUUGGUACACUGCAGUGCUGGUGUAGGACGGACAGGAACCUACAUAGUGAUUGACAGCAUGCUGCAGCAGAUCCAAGAUCAAGGGACAGUAAAUGUUCUUGGCUUCCUCAAACAUGUGCGGACACAGAGGAACUUCCUGGUUCAGACGGAGGAGCAGUAUGUGUUCAUCCAUGAUGCUCUGGUAGAGGCCAUCUUGAGCCGGGACACCUCGGUGACCUCUAACCUCCUCCAUACUUACGUGUCGGACCUCCUGACCCCUGGAGCGACAGGCAGGACUCGCAUGGACAAACAAUUCAAGUUAAUUAGUCAGCGUCAAGCGAAGCAUGCAGACUACAGCACUGCUCUGAAAGAUGGCAACGCUGAGCGGAACAGAGCCAGAGCUCUGAUGCCUGUGGAGAGAUCCAGAGUCUGUCUGACUGCUUCAGAGACAAACUCCACAGGCUACAUCAACGCCUCUUAUGUGAUGGGACAUCACCACUGUAAGGAGUUCAUAGUGAGCCAGACUCCUCUGAGCAGCACGGUGGCUGAUUUCUGGAGGCUGAUCUGGGAACACAACACACAAACUGUGGUCCGUCUGCCAGACACACACAGUCAGACUGAAGAGAGGGAGCGUUGUGUCUAUUGGCCCAGUAAAGACCAGCCAAUGAGCUUUGAAGGCUUCACCGUGUCGUACUCUGGGGAGGAGCACGUAUGUCUGUCCAAUGAGGAGAGACUUUUGGUGCAGGACUUUACAGUGGAGUCUCCACAGAGUAAUUACGUGUUCGAGGUGCGUCAGUACAGCGCUGCCUGCUGGCCAAACCCAGACAGUCCCAUCAGAAACAGUUUUGAUCUGGUCAACACAGUCAAAGAGCACAGCAGACACACACAGGGACCCACAAUUGUCCAUGAUCCUUUGGGAGGUGCUACAUCAGGGCUGUUCUGCGCUCUCACCACGCUGUCCAGUCAGCUGGAGGAGGAGGGAGCAGUAGACGUCUAUCAGGUGGCUCGGAUGACCAACCUCAUGAGACCUGGGGUAUUUAACGAUGUAGAGCAGUACCAGUAUCUGUACCGAGCUGUGCUGAGCCUGGUUAGCAGCCAGGAGGACCAGAGAGCCCUGCAGAGUCCAGAGACCAAUGGAUCUGUACCACUGGGACAGACCAACAUCGCAGAGAGCCUGGAGUCGCUAAUGUAGACACACACGCGUUUAACACGCAAACACGUCACAUAUACAGAAAACUCAUCACACACCUGAAACGUGAUAAGAGGAUAACACCGCCAUGUCUGUCUGUGGUUCACAGCUGUGUCCGCUGAGCAUGCUAAUGAUUUAAUGUUCACUCAUCUUUAUUCAUCACAUCUUUUCUUACAUUAUAACAGUCCAGUAUAACCCAGUCUCUUGCUUUCAAUCAUAUCUUACAAAAUGAAAUCUUACUUUUCAUUAUGAGUGGAGCUCCAGCUACUCCAGCUGUGUGACAAAGCAACAACACGCAAAAUCUUUCUGCCACUGAAAGGAUUUUCUUUUGACAAAUUUCAUGUCUGUCUCACAAGCUCACUAAACACAUCUGUCAGGUUUAGACACACCAUUAAAAGUGACCUUUAGCUACCAGUCGGUGUUAGCAUGUACAGCAGACAGCUCAUUUCUGGUGGUAACCCUCAUGUGACAUAAAGUAGCCAAAAGGCCAAAGGUACCACUUUCUAAUAAGGCACCCUCUAUACAGGUGAACUAGUGGCUUUAGUAACAGGUAAUAAAUCUCAUACUAAUAAUUUAUAGAGUAGUUACAGGCAAUGAAUGAGUUUGGACUGCCAGGCUGUCAUAACUCCCUUCAGAUGGACACAUACUUUAGUUUUAAUAACUGGGUCAAUAUAUAAUUGUGGGACAUUUUUGCUGUUUUCAGGCCUAAAAUCAACAUGGCCGCCUAUAACCAAACACCACAUGGCAUUUUUACAGAAAGAUUCUUCUAAAUAUUAUGUAUAUAAUUAAGUAAAAUUGAAAUUGAAAGUUAUUUAUGAAGAUAUUUUAGUAAACCUGUUGACAUGUCAUAAAUCCACACUUGACUCACACGCUACUUUAUAUUAAAUAACUCUGAAAGCCUUGGAGUCUUGCCAGUCUUUUCUUCAGGAGGAAAUUACAUCAUGUGGAGCAGGUCAUGUGUUCUGGGAUUAACACACUUCCUGGAGAGGUGUUUCUGUACUGGGUAACAUAGUUAAAAGUGAUUUAAUUUGUUAUUUUCCAUAUAAAAUUUGAUAUAUCGCCAAGAAAUAAAAAUCUGUCUUGAUUAUCUCAACUUAAUUAAAAGAACACAAUAGAAAAAAUUCUUGAAUACGCUCAUUUUAUUAUUGUUUAGCAAAUUAGAAGGUGGUUGUUAUUAAAUUCUGAUGGUUAUUUAGUUGACAUUUUAGUAAUAUCCAGUCAUUUUUUAAUUAAUAAGUGAUUGUUUCCAUAAUAAAUAAUUAUGGAAUUUGUAAAGACAUGAUCAUAAUGAACAUAUAAAACAUGAUUUUUUUUUCACUUUGAUUAAAAAUGUAAGCAAAAUAUAUCCCAUGGACUUCAAAAGUCCCCCAAAUAUAUAUUGACCCAACUGCAGAUCUGAACUUUUUAUUAAAUGUCUUAUUAAUAUUUUUAUAUCCCUUAUUAAUCCCACAAGGGGAAAUUCUGAUUUUCACAUAUCCCCCCCAUCUUGGGGGGUCAGAGUGCAGGGUCAGCCGCGGUACAGCGCCCCUGGAGCAAUUAGGGGUUAGGUGUCUUGCUCAGGGACACCUCGACAUGAGCACGAUGGGCCGGGGAUCAAACCGCAAUCCUCCAGUUGCGAGACGGCCACUCUACCCACUGACCUAUGCCACCGUCUUAUAUGUGAGAUUUGGAAGCAGUGGGUGUUACUAGAGCACCAGCAAAUCAAAACUGUGUACCAAUAUAAAUAAUCCAGCCACAGCCAUUAGCAAUGGCCGUAAUGAGUUGUUGUGAAUUCAAGUAACAUUACUGAUAGAAAUCUGGCACUUUGUGAUGUGGAAGGUCACUCGUGGUCUGUUUAAAAAUCCAUGGAGAGCCAACAGUUUCAAAGGGAGGGACUCACAUGCACUAACGUUUACUAACAUGCAGGUAAAAAUGGAAUAGAAAAUCUAACUUUACAGCAUACACAGAGGGGGCGUAACUUCAUUCUCUGCUGAAGACACCAUGACUUAACUCUGUCUUUACACAGCAGAUAGCAGUUUGCUGCUACAUUAAUGCUGCGGUUAUCUUCAAGAUCUCGCAUAUUUCACCUUUGUCUCACCUACUCAUUGUAUAUAUACCAAACUGAAACCGCCAUGGGCUUUUUGUAGCCUGAUAACUGAUCUGUAAAGUGUUAGUAAAUGAUUUAUUCACCAUUAUUAAAGCCAUUAGUUUACAGAUAGGUGCCAACAAAGCUUCACUGCCUUUCAAACAAGAACCUACAAACUUUACAACUCUGCAGCAGAGCAAGACCAAACAUCUGCUGCAAGGUUUCCUUAACAACUAAAUGAACAUGAAAUACAGGAAUCUGUGUUACUGGAAAUGAUCUUUCUUAAUUAUAAGAAGGAGUCUGCUUUGUAAUUCCAAUAAGAGACCGAACUUAGAUUCACGGCUUCUGUCUAUUUUAUACUUUAUGUAACAUUUAGUUCUUUCAUUUCUCUCUUAUCGACCCCUUCCUGCUUUUUUAAACUAUUUUUUCCUCUGAUGGUUUUUAUCUUUCUUUAAAAAAAACAUAAAUAUUAAUAAAAAUAUCACUAGUCAGAUUUCUGAAAGAAUGAUAGAUGACUUUAAUGUCCAAAGGGAAAUAAUGCAGGAAAAGACAUUUUAACAAAGCCCUGGUUUCCUGUGAAUAUUUUUUGCACUGCACAUUAACCAGCAGAAUGUGGGACUCCAACUACCAUGUAUCUUUAUUUAGAAUAAUGUUUUAAUAACCAAAUGAAGAGUUCAUUUGCAAAAACAGAUAACUCCAUUUUGAUAAAUUUUCAGAAAACUUUUUAAAAAAUUUUUUUACUUGAGAUAAUAUCAAUCAAACUGAAGUUGAGUGGAUUUGACUCAGUAGAAAAUACAUGACAAAACAGAGAAAAAAUAAAUUAUUAGUCUUAUUAUUAUCUCAAGUAAACAAUAAAAAUGAGUUUUCUGAUAGCGGAGUUACCUGUUUGUGCAAAUGAACUCUUCAAAUUCUCCAAGACCUCACUAGUGAGAAUGAAACGACUGCUGUUUUUUUUGUUUGGUUUUUUGUCUCCUUGCCACUGGCUCCAUGGUCUCUGGUAACCAGUGCCUUUUGCAACUCAUGUUCUUGUACUUUAAACCUGUUUUGAUACAAAUGUGCGACUAAUAUGCCAAAAUAUUGACGUGUCAUUUUUAUCUAUUUUCUUAAAGGUGAUCACUGCCUCGCUGAGCUCAUUAGAAAAAUGUCUCGAGGCUCAGACGUUUUGUAAAAGAUUUGGGAUUGAUGUGGUAUUCUGCUCAAAAUCCAGAACAGCAGAGAAGCUCCUUUGCAACAGAAUAAAGCGUGACAGAUAAUAAUCCUCUUUCUUAUCAGUGUAAGCUAAGAUUUAAAACAAAACAAAACAAUCAUCAUUCAGUUGAGACUGUGCUGUUCAAAUGUGGCAAAUAUUCACUCUGAUGAAAAGGAGAGAAAGGAGAGAGUAAAAGGUGAACUUAGUGCCAUUUUGGGAGACUUUCCCUUCUGUUUCUCCUCAGCAGCACUGAGGUCUUACAGCUGAGACUCUGAAUCCCAGCACAGCCCUCUGCUACUUGCUACGACUGUUUUGAAGGAGUCCAAGUGUUGCUGUUGCAUCAGACACGAUCAGUCGACCUCACUUUCAGACAAAGGCAUGGCCUCUCUCUGUGGCUGUUUUGCAUCCCAGUGUAUGGUUUCUUUUUAGGGCAUAUGUAUGGAGAUGCAAAACCAUAGAGGAGUCUGCAGCCGAACAGGCAGCACUUCAGAUCUGCUCUAAUUGAAAUAAAAAUGUUUUGGUGUAAAUAUCCCUGAAUACUUCAAAGGCCAAAUUACUGUAUGUUUAUACUGUAUCUCUAUAUAUUUUCUAUUUUACUAUAAAAGGUGAUUUUCUAGUCAUUUACACAUAUAUAACUGUGUGGAUUCUAUUUGAUAAUUUUAGCCUGCAAAUAUUGAUCAUGUUUAUAGUUUUAAUGGAACGUUAUCUCUUUUUAUCUCUCUGAUUCCAGUAGCAGCUUCAUGUCUAUACCUUUAUCUCCAGCCAUAAACUGGUGCAGUAUGUAUAAAGCAGCAAGAUUAAAGAUUUCUUUCAAACCUU